CAGAUCAGUUACUUCCGACUAUGCUUCCGGUCUGUCAGUCAGUCCCAUGAGAAUAAAAUUAUUAGCUUACAAGACAAACGAUCAUUAUCUGCAGAGGAUUCGACAAGCUAGCUAAGCAGCAAAAGAAAAUUUUUUCAGAUUAUCUACCAUAAAUGGACAACAUCUGUAACUUGUACGCCCACAGAGAGGCUGCUGCUUGGGCCCCAAAGAAGAAAAACCUCCCUGUAACAUUAGUGACUGGCUUCCUAGGUGCAGGAAAGACAACUCUCCUUAACUACGUUCUCUCAAACAAGCAUAAUCUAAAGGUUGCGGCUGCUGUGAAUGACUUUGCAUCACUCAAUGUAGACGGUCAGAUAGUACGAGGCAACAAACAGCACAAUUCCGUCGUAGAGCUGACCAACGGCUGCCUAUGUUGUUCUAUAUCCUCAGAGUUUCAAUCCGCAGUGUGGAAUCUUCUCCAAGAUGUUGACAUCGGCAAAGUUGAUUACCUUUUAAUUGAAACAAGUGGUGUUACCGACCCUCAAGCCACUAUUGCUACGCUCGAGCAAGAUUACGGCAAGAUGUAUCGAAUUCGAUUGGACUGCGUCGUGACAGUUGUGGAUACUGAUGCUCUUGUGUCAAGAAUCGAAGCUAAAGAGCCGAAUAUUUUGCAGUCCGCAGCAGCAGAUAGUCAGUUACAGUGUGCAGAUAUCGUCUUACUCAAUAAAAGGGAUGUCAUCUCUCCUUCGCAGUUUGAGCUUGCUGAGGAAUUCAUUCGAAAUCAUGUCCCUGGGGCCCGAAUCCAUGCUUGUGUAAAGUGCUCUGUUCCCCUGAAUUACAUAAUGGAAGUAGACGAAGUGGCUAAAGUGGAGACUGUGGUAUCUCAUGAAGCAUCCAGUGCUGCCUACACGAUUGGCAUCGGUGGGAUGAUGAACAAAGUGCGACAAGACCGUCUCAAGGAGUCAAACAAGGAUAAAGACAUCAAAAACCAUAUUGCAGAAGAUGAAUUUAGCUCGUUGGUGUUUGAGAGUUCAAAACCUUUUUCUCUCGGAUUGUUUCAAGUUUUCCUCGGCUCUAAAUUCCCCAAAGGCAUCACUCGAAUGAAGGGUACUCUCUGGUUUGAUGAGAAUCGAUCUUGCCUGUAUAGUUUUCACAUGAGUGGUCGACAACGCUACGAGAUUGUUCCUUGUACGAGUGUUAGCAAGAGCCUUAGUGGAACGUUCUCUGUUCAGCUGGUGAUCAUUGGCCGUGGCAUUGACACGGCUGCUAUUCAGAGGCAACUCGAUUCUUACCUAGAACCAUUAGCAAUUCCAUACAAUGACCCCCUCAGUGCCGAGUCUACAAAGAAGCUGAUCUUGUCUGAUCCUCGAUUUGAGCUUAUUGAAUUGAAAUCUCGCUGUGUUGAUUUCCGUGUGACAGGUGUUGUGGAAUACGGAGUGUCUGUUGAGGAGGCUGCUACCAUACAUGGCAUCAACUUUAAUCGUAUGAACUCAGAGUUGGUUCGGCAGGUUAACGGUUCCAGUGGACAUGUCUCCCUACUUCCUGUACUGCUUCCCUCAGGCACUCAAGUCUGUCGAUUUGGCCUGGAUCAGGAUGCCGAUUUUAGCGAGGCCUGGGAACUUGUAUGUAGUGUGGCCAAGAGACUUGUAGAUCAAUUUUACAAAGCUGUUGGAUAUUGCAAGUGUGGAAUGUAAUGCAAACAUUAUUUUGUUUUGUACAGUAAGAAAUGAUCAUCAAUAUUGUAGGUGCUAA